AUGUCCACUCCCAAUAAUCAUUCUCCUACAUCAAAUUAUUUAUGUCAUAAUUGUGGUACAAUAAAUACAAAUGGAACUAGAUGUAUACAAUGUCAAUCAGAAUUUCUCGAAGAAAUUUCUACAGAAAUUCAUAACACUGAACAAUUAUCAAAUGAUAAUAAUCAUCAACAAAUACCAUUAAUUCAUAAUUUUGAAAAUUUAUUUAAUAAUACUUAUGAUAUACAAUCAUUUACUAAUAUGUUAUUACCAAUGCUUAUGUCUCAAACACAAACAGAUAUUUCACAACAUCGUCAUCGUCGUGGUAGACCACCACGACGUAUUAAACGUAUUACACAUACUCUACCAAGACAUCGAUAUAUACCUUUUCUUGAUUUCUUACCAUUUCAAGUUAUUGAUACUCAAACACCUCAAAUACCACUCUUAAAUAUCAAUGGAUUCAUAUCUGGACAACCACUAAAUACUCAAUAUGAACCAAAUAUGGCUCUUGCUCAAUUACCAUUACAUUUUCUUGUUUUUGAUCAUAAUAGAGAAAAUUUUAAUCCAGAAAUAUUAAUACAAUUAUUCAAUGAUGAUAUUGGUGCUUUACCUUUAACAAGAAAUGAUAUUAAUCAAUUACCUACACUAACUAUGACUCCAUCGAAUCUUUCCGUCAAUCCAUCAUGUGCUAUUUGUCUCGAAAAUUUCGAUUCAUUGUCUGAAGUGAAACAAUUACCAAUAUGUCAUCAUGUAUUUCAUACAAAUUGUUUAACAGAAUGGCUUCUUCAUCAUGGCAAUUGUCCAAUGUGUCGAACAACAUUAAUUUCAUCGAUUCAACGAAUACCAAAUUCAAUAUUUAAUAAUCAUUGGAUGCAACAAUUAUUUUCUAGAACAUUUGGACAACAACAGCAACAAACUGAUAUACCUGUCAGUAAUACUAUCGUUUCAUAUCCACCAAUUAAAACAAUAAAUUCAUUAGAAAUUUCAUCAAAUACAAUAGCAUCUGAUCAUUCAUCAUCUGAUACUCCUCAAUUACCACAUUUUGAUUCACAAACACAUACUGAUUCAUCAUCAAAUAUAGAAUAA